AUGAGUAUUUCUAGUGGGUUGAAAACAACCUUGCUCACGUUGACGUGGUUUCCUGUAUUAUAUUCCUUUACCAAUCAUGUAUAUCAGCCAUAUCAAAUUGAAGGUUCAUCCAUGUCACCAACUUUCAAUCCCAAAUUAGAUACUACAUCAAAUGAUAUUGUAUUAGUACAAAAGUUCAAUUUAAAGAGUAUUAAUUCCUUGAAUAGAGGUGAUAUAAUCAUGUUUCGAUCUCCUAAUAAUCCGGAGAAAAUCUUAACGAAACGAAUUUUAGGUAUUCAAGGUGAUAUUAUAAAUGCAAAAUCUCCACCUUAUCCUAAAUCUCAAACUAAAAUCCCUAGAAAUCAUGUAUGGGUAGAAGGAGAUAAUUCAUUUCAUUCGAUUGAUUCUAAUAAUUUCGGUCCUAUAAGUCAAGGUUUAGUGAUUGGGAAAGUCAUAUAUAUAUUAUGGCCCUUAAAUAGAUUUGGUCAUGAUAUAACUGGAACAAGCAGUGGUAAUAGUGGCAGUAUAGGAGGAGAAGGUGGUAUUGGUAAUAGUAGAGUCAUAAAUAAUGAAAGCAUCAAUGGUAGUAUAAGUUCGGAAGUUAUGAAAAUAAAACCGAGAGAACUCCUGGUUAAACAAAUCGAUGAGUAUUAA